UUCUAAGCCAUCAUUGGCACCAUGGAGAGGAACCGGCAGUUGUACUCUGCUUGUGAGCAAGGAGAUACAGAUUGUGUGCAAGCUCUUCUUGAGCAAGGUUGCGAGGUGGAUUGUCCACUAGAUGAUGAGGAAAACACAGCCAUUCAGGUAAAGCAGAGCCAUAUCAACACUAAUCUAUCAAAUAAGCGCAACUGCCCUAAAGGCUGUAUUAUGAUAAUUCUAUGGCUCAAUGGUUGCCUCAUAUCUUUCUACCUCAUUAUGAACUCAUAGUCUAAAUAAUAUAUAGUACAAUAUGAUUUCAAAGCCAACUUGCAGGCUGUGAAUUUGAGAUCCUUCCUCUAAAUCAAGGUCCUUUUUAUAUUUCCUUGAGUCUAUUUUUAUUUUAUAAAAGUUUAACUUUUCAAGGUACAAAAGUGGAUUCUAUUCAUUGUUUUAAUACUAAAUGUUUUCAGAGCUCUUUAUUUCUUAUUUUACAGAAUAAGUAGUUUAUUGUUAAUUCAUCAAUUUAAAGUUAUAAUAUUAUGAGCCCUUUAUAUCAACAAUCAAUUUUCACACCUGAGGAUAUUUUAAAAUCUUGUGUAACAUUUUCAUUACUUAAGGUGGCUGCUGCAAAUGGCAAUGAACAAGUUGUGCGUUUGCUUAUCAUGCGGGGCGCUGGAUUAGACAAAUCUAAUAUUUUUGGGUGGACACCACUUUUACAAGCUUCAAGGUAAAGAAAUUUAUUCUAGAUUUUCCAUACAUUUUUACUGGAUUUUCCACAGUUUUACCUUUUUAUACUACUUUAUUUUUUAAAAUUAAAGUUAAAUGCAUACAGUACAAUACCUAUGAUCCCUUUAAUUUUCAUCAGGUAAUGCACAUUGCCAUAACACUUUUGACAUAUAUUUUGUAGAUAUGGCCACACAAAUAUUGUUGCACUGCUGCACCAACAUCAGGCAGACAUUCAUACCAAGACACGGUACGGGACAUCAGCCAUGAUGCUUGCAGCAAAGGGAGGCCACCUCCAGACUUUGAAAUUUUUGAUAGAGUCAGGUGUGGAUAUGAACGGUGUCGGUGAUGGCUGUGAAUUCACACCUCUGCUAGUGGCGGCGCAACACGGCCAUGAUGCAGUGCUGCGCGUCCUGCUUGAUCGGGGCUGCGAUGUGAACUUCUACACGCCAUCAACCGGAUUGACACCCCUGAUGACAGCGGCGUUAAAUGGUCACAUGACUACGGCACAGAUCAUAAUUGAGAGAGGUGGAGAUCCAAACAUGACGAACGUCUGUGAUAAAACAGCCUUAGAGAUAGCAACAAUGAGAGACAAAAGAGAAGUCCGGGGGUACCUGGACAGAAAGACAACAAAUAAGCCAAAAACUUGUCAGUACUUUUACUCAGUUUCUCUGAUCUUUCUAAAUGUGCAAAAUAUAUUUUUUAAAUUGAUAAAAAGGGGUGGGAGUUUUGAAAAAAAAAAUUACUUGAGGUGCACGUUACACUGAGAAUCUGGAACUUUGAAAUUUUCCCAUCACAUACCAACACAUAUUAUGGGGAAACAGAGGUUAGUUGCACUAUUUUUUAAUGUGUGAAGAUUAAUCCAUUUGUUUCACCUUGUGCCGCCAUAAAACUAAUCACUCUGCAUUAUCUCCAGCACCUGAUGCUAUAAAACCUGACAUCAUUGAGG